AAAAAGUCUUUGUAAUGAUCCCCCCUGCAUAAAUGGUGUCUAUCUCCAACAAACCAAGAAGAAAUUGCAGAACCGGUGAGUGGAGACUGGAGAAGAACCGGGCCUCCACCGUAUAGAUGCAUUUUUCCAAAAACUUUUUCGCAUCAAUUUCAGAGACCCAGUUGACCGUGAAUCCGCUUGUUGAAUCGACGAUCGCACACGGAUUCUUAGACAAAGUAGUACUUAUUUUAAUAUAUGGAGGAUCGGGAGCUCCAUUUGGGGAAUUGAAGAAUCAAUUAACUUUUGAUGCAAACUGCGAAGCAAUCAAAGAAGCUUUUUGCAGAUCAGAAUGCUCUAUUGGCCGUCUUUUCAAGAACACAUCUAAACAAUUCUCAAUGGCUGAACAUCGGAAUGGCAAUGCAAAAAUUGCAACUGGCAAGGCAUCGGGAGCCACCAACCCAUAUGCCAUCAAUCUGGAAAACUUCAGCAAGCGGUUAAAAUUGUUGUAUUCACAUUGGAAUGCACAUAAGGGUGAUUUAUGGGGUGAUUCCGAUGCUCUGACCAUAGCAACACCCCCAACUUCUGAGGAUCUACGGUACUUGAAAUCCUCGGCUUUGAACAUCUGGUUGGUUGGUUAUGAGUUCCCAGAAACAAUUAUGGUCUUCAUGAAGGAGCAGAUCCAUUUCUUGUGUAGCCAGAAAAAGGCAUCUCUUCUUGAUGUUGUGAAAAGGUCUGCCAAAGAUGUUGUUGGUGUUGAAGUCAUGGUGCAUGUUAAGCCCAAAAAUGAUGAUGGAGCUGGACUAAUGGAUAGUAUAUUUAAAGCUGUCAAUGCUCAGUCAAACUCCAGUCGUCAUGAUGCUCCUGUCGUUGGACACAUAGCAAGAGAGGCUCCUGAAGGAAAGCUUUUGGAAACUUGGGCUGAAAAGUUGAAGAGUGCUAAUUUUGAGCUAAGCGACAUAACAAAUGGGUUCUCCAAUCUGUUUGCUGUCAAAGACAAUGUUGAGUUGACAAAUGUAAAGAAGGCUGCAUUCUUGACUUCGUCAGUGAUGAGGAGUUUCGUAGUCCCAAAGCUCGAAAAGAUUAUUGAUGAGGAAAAGAAGGUUUCACAUUCUUCAUUAAUGGAUGACACGGAGAAAGCCAUAUUGGAACCAGCAAGAAUUAAGGUCAAGCUGAAGGCAGAGAAUGUUGAUAUUUGUUACCCUCCAAUUUUCCAGAGUGGAGGAAGUUUUGAUCUGAAACCGAGUGCUUCAAGCAAUGAUGAUAGCCUUUACUAUGAUUCAACCAGUGUGAUUAUUUGUGCCAUUGGAUCACGAUAUAACAGCUACUGCUCAAAUGUUGCUAGAACUUUUCUGAUCGAUGCCAAUGCCUCGCAGAGCAAGGCUUAUGAGGUUCUUCUUAAUGCACAAGAAGCAGCAAUCAGUAAUUUGAAAUCUGGGAACAAGGCCACAAGUGCAUAUCUGGCUGCACUAUCAGUAGUUGAGAAGGAUGCUCCGGAAUUGGCUGCAAGCUUGACGAAAACUGCAGGAACCGGAAUUGGCCUCGAGUUUCGUGAAUCCGGACUUAGUCUUAAUGCCAAAAACGAGAAAGUUCUAAAACCAGGCAUGGUUUUCAAUGUCUCCCUUGGAUUCCAUAAUUUGCAGGCAGAGACCAACAACCCAAAGACCGAGAAAUUCUCCGUGUUGCUAGCAGAUACUGUUAUUGUUGGUGAAAAGGUCCCAGAAAUAGUUACCAUAUCAAGUUCUAAAGCUGUUAAGGAUGUAGCUUACUCGUUCAAUGAGGAUGAGGAAGAAGAGGAGGAACGGCCAAAAAUCAAAGCUGCGGCUAGAGGUGGUGGGGCUAACCAAUCAAAGGCGACACUUAGGUCAGGCAACCAGGAGAUGUCAAAGGAGGAGCUACGAAGGCAGCACCAGGCAGAACUAGCCCGCCAGAAAAACGAAGAAACUGCCAGAAGGCUUGCUGGUGGGGGUUCCAUGGCAACAGAUAAUCGUGGUACUGGGAAGACAAUAGGUGAUUUGAUUGCUUAUAAGAAUGUCAACGAUCUGCCCCCUUCGAGAGAUUUGAUGAUUCAAAUCGAUCAGAAGAAUGAGGCCAUCUUAUUGCCAAUUUAUGGAAACAUGGUCCCUUUCCAUGUAGCCACAGUGAAGAGUGUGUCCAGCCAGCAGGAUAGUAACCGAAAUUGCUACAUCCGUAUAAUUUUCAAUGUACCUAGCACCUCUUUUAGCCCGCAUGACUUAAACUCUGUUAAGUUCCAAGGGUCAAUUUAUCUGAAGGAAGUUUCAUUCCGCUCCAAGGACACAAGGCAUAUCAGUGAAGUGGUACAGCUGAUUAAAACCCUUCGAAGGCAGGUUGCCUCCAGGGAGUCUGAAAGAGCUGAAAGGGCCACGUUAGUUACGCAGGAAAAGCUGCAAGUUGCAGGAGCUAAAUUCAAGCCUAUAAGAUUAUCUGAUCUUUGGAUUCGUCCUCCAUUUGGUGGUCGUGGAAGAAAGUUGACUGGCUCACUAGAAGCCCAUGCAAAUGGGUUCCGGUAUUCUACCUCAAGGCCUGAAGAACGUGUUGAUGUUAUGUUCCGAAACAUCAAACAUGCGUUUUUCCAGCCCGCAGAGAAAGAAAUGAUCACUGUGCUACACUUUCAUCUGCACAAUCACAUUAUGGUGGGAAACAAGAAAACUAAGGAUGUGCAAUUUUUUGUUGAGGUGAUGGAUGUGGUCCAGACACUUGGUGGUGGAAAGAGAUCUGCCUAUGACCCAGAUGAGAUUGAGGAAGAGCAGCGUGAGAGGGAUCGGAAAAAUAAAAUUAAUAUGGACUUUCAGAACUUUGUGAACCGCGUACAUGAUCUGUGGGGUCAACCUCAAUUCAAAGCACUUGACCUUGAGUUUGACCAGCCCUUGAGAGAGCUUGGCUUCCAUGGGGUACCCCACAAGGCUUCAGCUUUCAUUGUCCCUACUUCUAGCUGCCUGGUUGAGCUGGUAGAGACACCAUUUGUGGUUAUAACUCUGAAUGAGAUUGAGAUUGUUAACCUGGAGAGAGUUGGUCUUGGGCAGAAGAAUUUUGAUAUGACUAUUGUGUUCAAGGACUUCAAGAGAGAUGUCUUUCGAAUUGAUUCUAUCCCUUCAACAUCGCUAGAUGGCAUCAAGGAGUGGCUAGACACGACUGACCUGAAGUAUUAUGAAAGCAGAUUGAAUCUAAACUGGCGUCCUAUAUUGAAAACUAUCACUGAUGAUCCGGAAAAAUUUAUUGAGGAUGGUGGAUGGGAAUUUUUAAAUAUGGAUAUCAGUGAUUCAGAUUCUGAGAACUCGGAGUCAGACCAAGGAUAUGAGCCAUCUGAUGUACAGUCUGACUCAGUAUCAGAUGAUGAAGCUGAUAGCAGCGAGUCAUUGGUUGAAUCUGAGGACGAUGAGGAAGAAGUCUCUGAAGAAGACUCAGAGGAGGAUAAAGGAAAGACAUGGGAAGAGUUGGAGAGGGAGGCAACCUAUGCAGACAGGGAGAACGGGGAUGACUCAGACAGUGAGGAUGAGAGGACAAGAAGGAAGGUGAAGGCUUUUGGAAAGGCUCGGGCACCUGACAAGAGGAAUCGUGGCGGCAGCCUUCCCAAGAGGGCAAAAUUAAGGUGAAAGUAAGGGAUGUGGUGCCACCUUCUUAAAAGAAAUCCUGGUAGUGGACUGGAGAGAGUUGCUCUCUAUUUGAUGCCACCAGUUGUAUAUGAAGUAGGACGACUUUGUAAAAGGCACCUUCGUUUCCAACGUGUUUGAAAAAAGCUCAAUUUUUUUUUUUUUUUUGGGUCGCAUUGUGUGUUGAAGGAACUUGCUAAAAGGAACUCAUCUUGUAAAAUAGUGAGAAUUAAACAAUAAAGUUAUACUACA